AUGGAGGAUGAGAACAAAGAGCUAUAUUUGUUUGUAAACUCUCCUGGGGGCUGGGUAAUACCUGGGAUCGCCAUUUAUGAUACUAUGCAAUUUGUGCGACCAGAUAUCCAUACAAUAUGCAUAGGAUUAGCUGCUUCAAUGGGAUCUUUUAUCCUGGCCGGAGGACAACUUACCAAACGCGAAUUUGUCAUGGAAGCGGUAGAACUGAUGAAACUGCGUGAAACCCUCACAAGGGUUUAUGCAGAAAGAACGGGCAAACCCUUCUGGGUUGUACACGAAGAUAUGGAAAGAGAUAUUUUUAUGUCAGCAACAGAAGCCCAAGCUUAUGGAAUUGUUGAUUUUGUAGCGGUUCAAGGAAAAUAA